GUUAAUGGAACGUGUGGAGAAGCUCCUUAUCGGCAGUCUGCGAGAAAGGGUUACUCAGGAUGGUCUUCAGGACUUGAUCGACUACCACGGCUUGCUCGAGAAAGUCCGACAUCUCUCCCACGACGCGAGCGACUCGAAGGCCACCUCAGCCGAGACCGAUUUUUUCCUCCGCAAGGCUCAGGAAUUGUCGAAACUGGUGUCGGCCAUGGAAAUCCUGGAACCGUCCCAGGGCUUGCAGCUGAGGGAAAUCUCUGAAAAGUUGCGGGAAUUAUCGUCCUUUGUCGAGGAGGACAAAUGCUUGAAUGCCGGAGGAAAAUUCGAGUGGGUGGACAGCAUCCUUGUGAAGUGUCUGCGUGAAGGGUCCUGGCUCCUGGUGGACCAAGUCAAUCUCUGUAGUCCGGCUGUCCUGGACAGGCUGAAUGGCUUGUUGGAGCCUGGAGGAGUAUUGGCCAUCGGCGAAAGAGGAGUCGAUGCCGAUGGAAACGUCGUCACCAUCGAGCCCCAUCGGGACUUCCGUCUCUUCCUCACCAUGGAUCCUAAAUACGGGGAGAUAUCAAGGGCCAUGAGGAACAGAGGGGUGGAGGUCUUCAUGCUGGACCAGGGGAACCCCAUAGACCUGAAGUCGCUGCUCUUCAACUCGGGCUUAACAGCCUGCAACCACCAGGAGGUCCUCUUGAAGGUACAGGACGUGGUUUCCAGGGAAGUUUCGGCCACUUGGAAACUCGGUACAACCCAAUUAUUGCACGCCGCAUUUCUGGUUACUCAACAAGUACGCCGAGGAUUCCCGGCGAAGCGGGCCGUUAAAUCCGCUUGCGUGGACGUCUACGUGAAAGCCGGAUCGAUUCAGCAUCAGCAGGCAAAAAGCCGGCUGAUUUCGCGGAUAACCGAGGUGGUCGACUCCGAGGAUUUUUCGGAGGAUUCGAAACCACCUCUGGACUUUGAAUCCGCCACCUUAAGCGUCUUCGACCUGAAGACCAACUCCACGUUGGCGCGGAUAAGACAACAAGGCGUGCUGAUAAAGGCGAUCAUCGACAAUCAGUCCGCUCUUUUGAAGCACCUAGGAACCUCUCAGCCAUCCGAGGCCACGACGGAAUUUCUAAACGCACUUUUCGAUCUGCCCGAUAACGAUAAGCGGCGAUUAGUUGGCAAGUUUUCCCAGAUUUUCCCGCAUCUGAUGCUGGGCUUCUACGAGCAGUCCUCGGAAGAGGACCUGGAGAUCCGAUAUAAAUGGCUGUCCAGGAUGUUAACGGACGCCGAUGCCAGCUUCUUCAAGGCUCCCAGGGAUAAGAGCACCUUGCUGGCCAAUGAAGUGGCCAGGUUUCGUUUUCGAUUCGCUGAUAAGUCUCUUCCUUUUGAUCCCGUGGAGCUGCCGAAUGCUGCGAGAAGCGUCAUUCGUUCUGAGAGGGUCGAUGAUUCUAAUAGAUUAGCGUUGUUGCUGUAUCUAAGGCUCUCCCAUGUCAGUACCGAGGUCAUGAUGCAGGAACUGCAAGUUACGAAACAUGAGAAGGUCAUGUCUGUCCUGCAGUACUCGAAUGCCGUGUACUACAACAAGUUGACGCCAGUCUUGAAGAGUCAGCCGCUGAUAACAAACUUCGUCACGUUCUGCACCCUCGUAGAGAAGUGCGUCGACCAUGUCCUGAGGAACAACGCCCUGGCUGUGGAUUUCGAGAAUUAUGCAGAUCUUCGAAGGAACCUGAAGUGGUGCGACAGGUUCUACAUCCUCGGCGAGUUAACUCUCAUAGAUAAGAUAAACAAGUCGAAGAACAUUAACAACAACGUGGAGGAGGUCGCUCUACUCCUCAGAGUGCACUACAAGUGGCUCGUCAAGUUCCUGAAGAAGUGGCUGGCAAGGUGCGGCGAAGCUCCUCUGCACCCGAAAUCCGAGGACGAGGUUGGGAAGUUAAUUUCAACCAUCGAGAACUUCAACGAGGAAUUGGCGCUGAGGCGUGAUCCUUUUAGGAAGAUCUCGAAGAGCAUCAAGAAGCACCUUCAUCUGCCUCUGCCGUACUCUUCGGAGUCGAUUGUAACUGCAUAUCCUUCUCUUAAAAAAUUGUCCAAUGCAUUCUCCACGCACGAAGUUCAAACCGAUAAGUUGAAAUGGUCUCUGAGAAUGUUGCUACUGCAAGAGAAAAAUGUUAAAAAAGGAAGGGCAGAGUUAAUAGACAUUUGGAAGGAGAUCUACUUGACCAGGUCCUUAGAGGAGGCGUCUUUAUCAAAAAUGGCAGAAAUCGAGCAGAUCAGCGCGAAUGGCGGGUUGAACCUGAGAACCUCGUCCGAGAUUUCUGACUUCAUCGAGAGGACUUCCGUAGUUGAUAACAAAGAGAUUCCCGAAAUCAUUUCUAAAGUUCAGCUCUGGCCUGUGCAAGAGUACAUGUUCUUGCUGUUCGCCAACGCCAUCUGCGGGACUGUUUUCGAAUUAUCCGGGAGGAGUUCGAUCUUGAGUGACGCACCUCGUCUUUUGUCGAGAUUCUCCGAAAUCCCAAGUAUCCCAGGAAACUUGUUGGCGGUCUUAGGUGGGGCCAUUGAGAAGGGAAUCGAGGAACUUGAAGAGAGGAAUCGAUUAUUGCCAGAACUGUUCGUUUUCCUGGACCGUCUCAAUCAGAACUCGUCAGCCAUCAAAGAUUUUACGAGGGUUUUACACUGGCGAGGUCCUGAAGAGGACGCCGAAGAGGAUGCCGAAGAGGAGACGCGGGGGCAGCCCGUUAAUGGACCCGUCCUUGUCGGUUUAACUGCGGAAUUGAUUCUGAACAAGUCUCCAAAUAAGCUGGGGGAAUCGAUCCUUGCUACCGCGACCCUGGGCACGUACAGAGCCAGGAUGAACCAGUUGAAAACCUUGAACGAUACAUUAUGGAUGAACGCUGCUUCGCUGAACUCGAGGCAUUACAAGUACGCCUCGAGUGACUUAGAGAUGCUGAAGUCAUCCCUGCACUUGUUCCUUUCCGCGGUCCUGAAAAUGGAGGCCGAGUGCGACUUGGAAAGGAUAUUUAGCACAGAGGCAGGGACUACAAUCAAAGCUGAUGACGUUGGCUCGGAUUACUACGUCAAGAGUUAUCGCGAGCCUCUUCAGGAUCUGCGCAGUUUAGCAGAGACAUUAAGAGACGCACAGGACCCGGACGACGUGAUCCUGGAAAGAAGCAAAGCCUGGUCAUUGUUGGGAUACCUGAACGCUUUUCUUUUUGGGAACCUGGGCUUCAUCGACCCGGUGCACAAAGUUAGGCUCAAGCUCCAAUAUGCCGAGGAGGACAUCAUGGAUCACAGAUGCGGUUUAUACGUAGCUCUUCUACGGUCCAGGAUAGUAGGAGAUGACCAGGGAAACAAUCUCCAUCCUAGGGCUCUGCAGAUGGAGAAGGACCUGGAGGAGCUGAUGGCCAGGAAGGAGGACUUGAAGAGCCUGAAAGCAAUCCGACCUCCUACCUUGGAAUUCAUAGCCUUGUCCAAAGAGGUUGCCAACUUCAGGUACUCCUUAGGAGAAGUGGAGAUCGUCCGGAAACAUAUCGAGCGACUAUCUGGCACGGUCAGGAACCUCAGGAUUCGAUUUAUCACCGGCAAUGUAAAUUCCGCCAUUGAGGCUAUACGAAAAACCGAAAUGUGGAGAGAGUCCUUGAGGAGGUUCUCUAUUCAGGUCGAGAAUAAAUACCUCCCAGGGUAUCCGGACAUCGUGCUGCCCCUGACGGCUGCAGUUGCUCAGCUAACUCACGGGGCGAAUUUGUUAAUAGACGAGUGCAAGAAACUGAUAACCAUGUCGAAGACUGGACUAGAUCCCGAAGAAGUGGAGGCCAUCAUGAGUUCCUUGGUAGGAUUUCCUAGACAACUCACCUCGCUGGCCCUGUUCGAGGUCUGCACCUCCGAAACGACCAAAGAGCUGAUCGACAAUACCUUGAAGUCUACGAGCAUUUUCCUCUCUCUUCAGGAACAGUUCCGAGUCAUGAAGUCGGGCUUGUCCGAGCUGUACAAUUACGUGGUGUCGAAGAGAACAUUGUCCAAGAGUCUGUGGGCAGACUUAAACGCCUUGCUGCAGCAAGUGGUCCUCAUCUGGAAGCAACAAGAAAAAGAAGAGGAGACGCUCGCCGCGGAAAAGGAGAGCUUGUACAAAAACAAAGCUCGGGUCAGGGGAGAAGAACUAACGGAAGAGGAGGAAAUGAAGUCGGAGUUGCGUCGUCUGUUCCCGACUUAUCGAGACGUGGACUUCUCGGACAUCGAGCGUGGAAACGAGAAUUCCUUGGAGAGGGUCGAAUCCUCAGCGGACCCUGAAGAGCGGUACGGAGGACUCAUCACUGACGAGGACGUCCUGGAAGUACAGAGAAUGCAUUCCGACAUCGUCAAGGGCUUCACCUCUUCGGCAUGGUUGAAGAAAUCUCCCGAUCUUGGCACGCCGGAUUAUGUCGAGCCAUUAAUCCAGAGAUACAGAACCUUCGGCCUCCUGCUGGAGACUUUAAUGCCCGGCUUCGACUGCGAGUUCUCCUCGAAGUUGCACACGAGUUUGAAUUUUUUAACCACCCUGACGGCGAGAGCGAGCGAUGGUAAAAAUGCUUCUUCAGGGCUUAGUGCUGCGAAGAAGUCCUACGAUUUUUACAAAGACAGUAACGUGGAGGAGACGAAGCAGUGCCUACCACUGCUGGAAGGCAUCUUGGAGAGGACCCUGAAGUUCCUCCACGAGUGGCCCGAACAUCCGACCUUGAGGUCCAUUCGCGAUAUCGUCCACAGGACCUUCGGCUUCUCCGUCACUUCCUCGGUCUUCAGGUUCCUCACAGGACUCGAGCUCCUUUUAACCAAGAUGAAGGAGUGGGAAGAAAACGCUCACAGUGGAGUCAGCUUGUCCGAGUACACCUUGCUUCUGACCCAGCAGAUCGUCUCUUGGCGGAAACUGGAGUUAGACUGCUGGAAAAGCUGCCUCGAAGAGGCUCAACGAAGAUUGCGGGACAGAACUUCGAAGUGGUGGUUCUUCCUCUACGCGUUGAUCGAGGGUUACGUCAACGGAGGGUUACCCGAAGACGAAGAUUCUGAGAAGGAACCGUCAUCCCAGGGCAAGAAUGAUCCCAUCUCGAAGAAGACCUUCGUAGAGUCCCUGGAUCGCUUCAUGGGCGAGUCUUCCCUCGUAGAAUUCGAAGCAAGGCUUGACUUACUUCUGACCUUCCAUUGUCACGUCUAUUACAUGAAUCCCAGUCGCAACAAGGACGAGGUCCUGGCCAUCCUGUGGAACAUUUAUAACUAUUACGGCCAGUUCUGUGCCGAGGUGAGGAAGAAGAUCGAGAUUUUGAAGACGCCCAUUGAGAAGAAGCUGAAGGACUUCGUGAAGAUAGCUCGAUGGAACGACAUCAGCUACUGGGCGGUGAAGGAGACCGUGGAGAAGACUCACAGGACUCUGCACAAAUUCGUCAAGGAAUUCGAAACGGGUCUGAAGGAAAGCGUCUCGCCUUGCUUGCAGGUGAAGCCCUCGUCGACCUCUUCCGGGACCUCGAAGGGCAUCUGGGAUCAGCCUGAGAAAUUCCACUCGAUAAAUCCGGCCGACUUCGUCGCGGCACUCCCAGGGAAAAUGAACGAAGACGUCCUAGUAACUGCUAAACGUUUGUCCAGGACCGGGAACCUGUUUGUCAAGGCCCGUCGUUACUGUAAAGAGAGCAUUCUCAUGUCCUCCUACCCGAGUUUGAGGACAGACGUGGAGCAGCUUGCCGAGGAAUUCCUGGAGCGGAGCACCAGGCUGAAGAACCUGGAGGUGGACAGGACCCUACCGAAGGAGAAGCAGAAGUCCCACGCCAGGAGCAUCCUCCAGCAGAAGAAGAUGGCCCUCUCCGACUACUUCAAGACCUUGUCGUCCCUCGGAGUGUCCCACCGUGUCGGAACUCUGUCCUGGAGGAACAAGCAGGACGAGGUCCUGGACCUGAUGGUCCCGCCUCUGCAUCUCCCAGCAGCUCUGCAAGAGAUAAGCCUGAUAAAAGCUGACGCUCAAAUGCUGUCCCAGUGGGAAGGCUGCGACCGGUACUACUACAAUAGCCUUGUUAAACUAAACGCACUGAACGUUAACUUGCUGGGUACCAAGACGGAUUUAGGAGCCCAGAAUCUGGAACGCUGCAGAGGCUUCUCUUCGCACUUGAUGCUCAUGGCGAAUGGACAGAAAAGAGCAAUAGUAGAGGCGCUGGAUUCGUUUGUCGCCCUCAGGCGGCAGUUGUCCAAUUUAUCCAGCAUCGACGGGUCCAAUUCCGACCUUCCAGGCCAGAAGAGUCUGAAUAGAUGCGCUGGACAUUUAAAGCUGCUGUUGGUCACUCUUCAAGGUGGUCUGGACCAGUUGAAGCUGUACCUGGAAGCAUGCCCGGAGAACAAUCCCUUCAGUGCCGAAGAGGAAACAAUCGUCCUCGAUAAGGAGGGACCUAAGAUGGUCUUCGCCAAAAGGGACGAUCCUGUUUGGCUAAAUGCCAAGAAAUUGGUGGCAGACUCCCUGAAUCUCCUGUUGGACCUCGCGAAACGAUUCGAAUCGCUGAUUCCAAAGGUGGAGGAUCACGAGGAAACCAACUUAGGUGGGAGCAGUGUUUUCCUUUUCACCUCGUUGCAGUUCAAGUUCCUGGCGAAGAGCUUCGAGACUGUCGAUAAAGUUAGGGGAGCCAUUCUUAAUCUUGCUGAGAUGUUUAGUGGCGACGAUGAGUCUCAUCAUCCGAUCGCUCGUCAUAUUACCUGGCUGGAAAGUGAAGCUAAAAGAGGAAUCGACGAAUUUCGGAACCUGGAAGCUCAGGGUCAAUCGGAAGAGAAUUUGUCCGACGAAGCUAUCACUUAUUUCGAAGGCGUUCUGGAGUCUCUUAUCAGCUCUAUUCUUCUGGUCAUUCAGAAGAAGUAUAAGGAGAAUCUGACGUAUAACGAAGAGCUACCAGCUGAAGAGGAAAGCGCGGAAAACAAUAACGGAGACCUUGAAGAAGCAGCCGAUGAGCUUGAGCAAAACAAGCUGAAGGAGAAACUGAUUGAACACCUCGAAGCGGACAUUAAAGAAUUAAAUUUGAAAUCCGUACAUCGACAUUUAAACCACAUUCUGUCGAUUUUGUGUAAUCUUCCAUCUGAACAUUCGACUCACUGCGGCAGAUUACUGAAAAGAUGUCUGCCAUUGUUGGAGCAGUAUCUUCUUUUCUCCCAGUUCUACCUGAACGAGCAAGUGGCGUCGUUCAGAGUAACUUGCAAACUCCUGUACUUGCAGUUGAACGUUUUUCUAGAUCUAGCAACAAAUGGCUUCUGUGUGCCAAGAGACCUUGACAUGGAAGAAGAUAAUGGGGAAGGAACGGAAAGCGUAGACAGAGGAGGAAUGGGUCUUGGGGAGGGGGAGGGUCAGAAAGAUGUUUCGGACAGAAUAGAAACUGAGGAUCAAUUGGACGACGCAAGGCGAGCUGAUGAGGAAACGGAAGAAGUGGAGGACAAAGACUGCAAGGAAGAAGAAAAGGGUAUAGACAUGUCGGAGAACUUCGACAGUAAAUUGCAGGACCUUGAGAAAGAAGGUGACGAGGGCGAUGGUGAGGAGGAAGAUGAAGAAAUGGACAAAGAGAUAGGAGAGACGGAGGAAGGCGCCGAUAAACUGGACGAAGAAAUCUGGGGUGAUGAUAACGAGGAGGAGGAAGAGAAAGAAGCCGAUGAUAAGCAAGAGGAACGGGGGAAGGGCGAAGAGAUCGGUCAGGAAAUGGGGGCAAAGGAUGAAGACGAGGCUGAGGGUUCAGACCCUGGGGAAGAUCGGGAGAGAAAGGAGGAGAAGAAGAAGGAUAUCAAUGAGUUUGAAGAACCCGAGGUUGACGAUGAUCAGAUCGAUCCUUAUCACGGAAACCAGCAACCGGAACCGGAACCGGAAGUGCUGGAUCUGCCGGAAGACAUGAAUUUGGAUGGCGAAGAAGGGAAGGAUAAUGACGGCCCUGAAGAAGAGAAUCCUUUCGACAUAGACCAGAUGAAGGAAGAUCAGUCGCCACCGGAAAAGGAUGCCGAAGAACCAAAGGUGGAUGAGGAGAAAAAGGACCCUGAAAACGUGGACGACUCGAGCGAUGAAGAAGAUGACGCUAAAUUGGAUCCGGAUCAAGCAAGCAAGGAAGAGAAGGAAGAAGACGCGAAUGAGAGCGAAAGAGAUGCUCACAAACAGGGAACGGAAAAGGGGACUGAAGAAGAAGAGAAGGAAGACGAGGAUGGCGAUGCCGAAGAAGAGGCGACUCCUAGUUCAGACGCUGCCAGUAAAGCAACGGAUGCUGCGGAACAGAUCGAUGACAAGCAAAGUGGAAGUCGGGAUAAGGUGGCUCAGCAAUCGAGGGAUAAAGACCAAGAAGAAGCAGCUGAAGAGAACGGCGAAGGGAAUAAUGAAGAUAAAGGAGUUGGGCAGUCCCAGUCGGAGAAUAAUGAAAGUGGACAUGUAGGAAAUUCUGCCCAGGAAAGUCGGCCCUCUUCGUUGAGGGAACACGAAGACCACCCUGCAGAGAAGAGGAGGAAACCCGGAGAGAGCGACGAGAACCGUAGUUUAGUGGAUAAAUUCGAACCUGACAAGAAAAAGCUGAAAACCAUCCACUCAGCGGAAAAAAGAGCUGAGAAUAAGGGGGAAGAAUUGUCGGAAGAAGAGAAGCAUAUUACGGACACGGUUCAACAUGUUAAAAAGACGGAGAAAUUCGAUGACCUUGCAUUGGAUGCAGCUACGGAAGACCAAGUCAAACAGCAGGCUUCCAAUUUAGAGGAGAAACAAGACGAAGAGAAAGAAGACGAACCCAUGGACGUAGACGUGCACGAAGACGAGGAAAUCGAAGUCGAUGAUGCUACUGAAAAGCAAGGUGCGGAAAAGGUGCCCGAUGGUAGUAAAGAAGAGAAGGCAAACACUCGUCAGAAGGGAAGUAAUAUCGAAGAAGGGACUGCGGAGCAAGUUGUAGAAGUCGAAGGGGAACUUGCAACUACGGAGAAGGUAGACCGUGGACAUGAAUCUGCAUUCUACACGAAUCUUACACCUGAAACUACGGAAAUAACGAGACAGGUUGAAAGCAGACGCCUAGAGAUUGAAAAGAUGUUGGGCAGAUGGGUGCAAGUUCCUUCGACCGAAGAAGCCAUGGCUGCGUGGAAUAGUUUAAGUAUGGUAACGGAAACACAAGCUAGAGAUUUGUCUGAGAAACUGAGGCUCGUUUUAGAGCCUACGCAGGCAUCCAGACUCAAGGGUGAUUACAGGACUGGGAGGAGAAUCAAUAUGAGGAAAAUCAUUCCUUAUAUCGCUAGUCAGUUCAGGAAAGACAAGAUCUGGCUGCGGAGGACCAAGCCUUCGAAGAGGGACUAUCAGAUUGUCCUGGCCAUCGAUGACUCCAGCAGCAUGGCUGACAAUCACUCCAAGGAACUGGCCUUUGAAUCUUUGGCCUUGAUUUGCAAAGCCAUGAGUUACUUGGAAGUUGGACAACUUUGUGUGGUAAGCUUCGGAGAAGAGGCUUCCUUGCUUCAUCGGUUAGGAGAACCAUUCACCGAGCAAAGUGGAUCCAGGUUAAUUCAAGACAUGAAAUUCGAUCAGAAGAAAACUAUGGUUGGACAAUUGGUGGAUUUCACCGUCGAUAUGUUUGAGAGCCAAAACUCUUCAUCGGAUAAUGCAAAACUGCUUGUAGUUUUGUCCGAUGGUAGAGGAGUCUUCUCCGAAGGAAUUGACCGGGUACAUCGUGCCGUUCGGAGGGCUCGAUUGUCAGAUAUAUUUCUCGUUUUCAUUAUUGUAGACAAUCCUCUCAAUAAGGAUUCCAUUUUGGACAUUCGAAUGCCUAUAUUCGAAGGAGGAAAAUUAUUAGGCAUUCGCUCUUACAUGGACAGUUUCCCAUUCCCAUUUUACAUGAUCGCAAGAGAUGUAAAUGCUCUUCCGGGCCUUCUAAGUGAUGCUCUUAGACAAUGGUUCGAAGUCGUUGGAAAAAUCGAUUCUUAGAAAAUGAAACCAAACUAUGUUAUUUUAAUUAUUUUCUCUGUUGGACG